AUGACAACCACCUCACAAGACAACACGAGUGAAAAGAGGACAACUGGUGAUGCGGAAAAAGGCAAGCCCAAAGUGAAUUUUACUGACGGUGGCGUUGAAAACUUCAAAUUCUACCCCGAUGAUCCAAAGAAUCAUAGACACAAAUAUAAAUGGACCGCCAAGGAGGCUUCUAAAUUUUACGAUCCAUGCGAGGAGAGCAGGCAGGCGUCCAUGGAUUGCCUUUAUCGAAACCAGGAUGACAAGUACGUUUGCCAGGACUUUUUUGACGCUUAUAAGGAAUGUCGCAAAGAUUUCUUUAGGAAGAAGAGACAAGACAAGAUAGAUGGAAAGCCUGGAUGGGGAUGGUAA